GUCCCCGCCACUCGCCUGAUCGCAGCGCGGAACCGGGGGGCAGCGGGCGGGGCCGGAGCCGGAGCGGAGGAGGGGCCGGCCGGGGAGCUGCCCCGCACGGCCCCCAGCUCUGCCCUACCCGGAGGCCCGGUCCCCGCCCGCCCGAGCCCUGCGGCCGUGCUAGGGGACAAGCCUCGGGAAGCUCCGGCGCUGACGGGAGGCGGCAACCCUGCUGCCGCCCAACGCGCUCCGCCACGGGGCGAGCGAGCAGCGACCGCCCCCCGCCUCCUCCUCCUCCUCCUCCUCCUUCCCCCGGCGCGGAGCCCUCAGCGCUCCCGCCGCCGGGGCGGAGGUUUACGGAAGGCUGUGGAAGAGUUGCUUAAAGAGGCAAAACGUGGGAGAACCAGAGCUGAAACAAUGGGAGCUAUGGGUUGGUUGAAAUGUCCUCUUGCUGGUACAAAUAAAAGAUUUCUUAUAAAUACCAUCAAAAACACGUUACCGUCUCAAAAAGAACAAGACCAGGAACGUGAGCAAAAGGAAGACAGUAAGGAACCUGAGCCAAACAAAAGCAGGAAGGAAGAAAAACCAAAGAAAUGGAGAAUUCACCCAUACACACCCAGCUUUCAGUCCAGAAGGAGAGUCAGCUACUCUCCUCCGAGGCACCGGAACAGAAACCAGCACACAAAGGAUAAGCGUGAAGAGCGAUCAAGCAAACGAUGAGGAGAGUGAUGAAUAUGUGUUGUUACAAGCCAGGAAUGUCAUUGAGUGUCGGACUGCAGGGAUGUCUCAGUUUUUCAGGAAAAGAUGCUGUUCAAAACUGAAUUUUGAACCGAGUUGCUUGUGUGAGAAAUAACUUUGAGGUAGCUUUAGAAAAUAUUUCUUUGCGACCUGUAAGAGAAAAGCAAAGUGCAGCAUAAAUCUUUCAGCUGUUUUAGGACAGACAUUCCUUUCCCUUUGCUCCAUUCCUCUUUCCCCUUCUGACUAAGCUUAGGGUCUUGGUGAUGGAGCACGAGACGUGUCACUGUCCUAUACAACUAGUUUAGUUAUGUCCCUCUUUUGGAAAUAAAUUUAAAUUAAGCAGAAAUUUAUUUAUUGUGCAAAGUUGGCAGAACUUCUUUGCUGCUAACCAAUAAAGAAGUUUUGUGUGUUUGGGUUAGUUUAAUUCUACUGAAUCUAGACGAAGGGAAAGCUGGUCAGUGCCUGGCCAAGCACAUGCAUUUUGUAUAGAAUAUAAGAGUUUGCUUUCUUUAGUAUGAAAAGAACAAAUUUAAAAUGGGCACCACUAGUUUUGCUUCCCAAGAGGAACUACCAGGAUAUACUGCUUUUGCUUGUUGUUGUAUAUUCACAAACCUGUCAUAGAUAAUAAUAAACAUUACUCCUGAAAAGCCA